AUGGCCCGUGCCACGACGCGCUUCACUUCCUCUUGUCAUUGGCGACAUAGCGUCAUGGCGUAUGAACCCCGUGGGGAUUACUCCCGUCGAGGAGGUCCCGACGGUGAUGAUCUCCAUCAGCCGAGAGCCGUGAGAGGCCGCCGCCCCGUGACUGACUACGGCGCAACCGUCUCUCAGUGGAUGCGCGACCGCAAUCCCGGCACGGGCUUCUUUUCAAAUGACGAGGCUGAGAAGCCCUCUGCCAGCUACAUCUGCGACUUCCACCCACCAGCAACCACGACGGGUGACCUGCAUGAUGCCCUGCCCGUGAAGCACCUUCAUUCCUCUCUUAACAAGAUUAAGCACCCCGUCAACGUCGUUCGAUGGACGCCCGAGGGCCGUCGCCUGUUGACCGCCUCGAGCAGUGGCGAGUUCACUCUCUGGAACGGCACAGGCUUCAACUUUGAGACCAUUAUGCAGGCGCACGAUUCUGCCAUUCGCACUCUCGCCUACUCGCACAACAACGACUGGCUCCUUUCGGCUGACCACGACGGCAUCGUCAAGUACUGGCAACCAAACUUUAACAAUCUGCAGAGCAUCACGGCGCACAGCGAUCCUAUUCGAGACCUCGCUUUCGCGCCAAACGACUCGAAAUUCGUCACCGCGUGCGACGACUCGUCACUCAAGAUUUUCGACUUUGCCGGCGGUGUUGAGGAAUCUGUGCUCAAGGGCCACGGCUGGGACGCCAAGAGCUGCGACUGGCACCCCUACAAGGGUCUCCUCGUGUCUGGUUCCAAGGACCACUUGGUCAAGCUGUGGGACCCCAGGACAGGCCGCUGCCUGACGACAUUGCACGGUCACAAGAACACCAUCACCAAGACUCUCUUCGAGAAGGUCCAGGGCGACUGCCUCGCCACAUCGGCUCGGGACCAGACCGCCCGCGUCUUCGACCUGCGCAUGAUGCGCGAUGUGUGUCUGCUCAAGGGACAUGAGAAGGACAUCUCGACCCUGACCUGGCACCCCCAGCACGCCAACCUCCUCACAACAGGCGGCCACGACGGCUCGCUCCACCACUACAUCACCGAUCAACCCAACACACCGCCCGGCCAGAAUGCCGGCAUCGCCCCCUACGACACAACAGACCCGUCCGGCACGACUGCCCAGACGAUAUACCCGUCGCACAAGGUUCCCUUUGCCCAUGAUUUUGCCAUUUGGUCACUCGACUGGCAUCCCCUUGGCCACAUCCUCGCAUCCGGCUCCAACGACAGGAUUACCCGCUUCUGGUCCCGCUCCAGGCCAGGUGACACAGACGUCCUCCAGGACAGGUAUCACAUCGGUGAGGCCGCCGCCGAAGCACAGGGAACCUGGGACCGCCGCGGCAUGCGUCGCCAGCGCCAGGAGGAAGAGGAGCAGGAGAUGGAGGACGAAGCCGAGGGUCUCGUCGACCAGAAGAUGCCUCUCAAGCAGCCCGCCGUCCCAGGCUUCCCAAGCCUCCCCGGUCUGCCCGGUCUACCCGGCCUGCCCGGCCUCCCAGGUCUCGCAGGCCUGCCAGGCCUCCCGCAGCCCAACGGCACGCACCCUGUGCCACCGCCCCCCAUGAUCCCCGGCGUCUGCGGCGCUGCCGCGACAGGUGGGCUGUGGUAG